GCACACAUAGCCAUAAAAGUGCAGACCCCGACACACGGAAGCCCCGACGAGAGAGCCGAGGAAAGUUGUCGGGGGCGCACAACUUAUCCACACCCCACGAAGAGAUGAGAUCCCACAGGAGAGACGCGCGCCGCCUGAACUGCACGGUUUAUUUAGUUGAUUAAGAAAAGUUUCAUGAAGAUAUACAAUGUUUAUAAAUGGGAGUUCUCUGAACAGCUCUGCACUGGACCCUAGCGAGCAAGCACUUCACCGGCCUCCCUGGGUCACUACUACUCUCGGGUGUUUCCUCAUAUUCACUAUAGUGGUGGAUAUUUUAGGAAACCUGCUGGUGAUUUUCUCCGUCUACAGAAACAAAAAACUAAGGAAUGCAGGUAACAUCUUUGUGGUGAGUUUGGCAGUGGCGGACCUGGUGGUGGCCAUCUACCCAUAUCCAAUGGUUCUGACCUCCAUAUUUAACCAGGGCUGGAACCUAGGGUACAUGCACUGCCAAAUUAGCGGCUUCCUGAUGGGCGUCAGUGUAAUCGGCUCCAUUUUCAACAUCACCGGCAUCGCAUUAAAUCGCUACUGCUAUAUAUGCCACAGCCUGAAGUAUGACAAGCUCUACAGCGACAAAAACUCAGUCUGCUACGUACUGUUAAUCUGGGCUUUGACAGUGCUCGCAAUUGUGCCCAACUUGUUUGUGGGCUCCUUGCAGUAUGACCCGCGGGUUUAUUCCUGUACGUUUGAGCAGUCGGCGAGCUCGGCGUACACGAUCGCCGUUGUCUUCUUCCAUUUCAUCCUUCCUAUCAUGAUCGUCACCUACUGUUACCUACGAAUUUGGGUUCUUGUCAUACAAGUGCGUCGACGAGUCAAGCCUGACAAUCGUCCCAAGCUCACGCCUCACGACAUACGAAACUUUGUCACAAUGUUUGUUGUUUUUGUGCUUUUUGCCGUGUGCUGGGCACCAUUAAACUUCAUCGGACUGGCGGUAGCGAUUUCUCCAGAGCGUGUGGUUCCUUUAAUACCUGAAUGGCUCUUUGUGGCAAGUUAUUUCAUGGCAUACUUUAACAGUUGUCUCAAUGCAAUCGUCUAUGGAGUGUUGAACCAGAACUUUCGUCGCGAAUAUAAGCACAUUGUGGUGUCGGUAUGUACUGCGAGGAUCUUCUUUGGGGAAAGUUCAAAUGAAGCACAAGAAAGACUCAAGAGCAAACCCUCGCCACUCAUGACCAACAACAAUCAGGUCAAGGUGGACUCUGUGUGAACAGCAUGAGUGUAUAUCCAUGUAAGGCGAAGAGCACACAACCAAGCAAACUUGAUUUCGAAAACUAAAUCUGAUAACCAAAAAUGUUGUCAGGAUGCAGCCCUGAAACUGUGAUUUGUUGCCUCAACACAAUUAAAACAAACACGAAAUUACUAUCAUUGUCUUUUAUAAAGCACUUUUUUCAUCAUUGGUUAGUAGUACUUGUACAGUAUGUAUGUAUGAAGUUUUUGUUUUAAUGUUUACAAUGAUCAUAUCAACAAAUAUAUGUAAAAGAUAAUUUGUGUAAUGGCCUUCUUUAUGGCCACUCAAUGGUCUUCUCAAUGGCCACUGGUGGUGCUGGAGAUUCUCCCUUCCAUGUAAAGCGCUUUAUAAUAUAACCCAGAAGGCGCUAUAUAAAUUUAACAAAUUAUUAUUAUUUAUUAUUAAUGAUUUUAUUUCUAUAUCUUUGUCUGAAAGAAAAAAACAAUAUUAAGGUGUGAAUGAUAAAUAUGAAGUGCAACAGUCGGGUUUCGGAAGUAUAAACUCUAUUCAUUUUCUCCAUUGGGAAAUGCAUUUGUAAAUAUAAACCUUUAAAUACAGACAUGUUGUGAGCUCUGAGGUUGGUAAGCAAUGGUACAAUAUAUGCGUUUGCUGAAGCCACCUGUUUGCAUUAUUUCAGAUGAUGUUGUUUUUUUAAUAAUCAUUUUUAACAGCUUAAUUCCUGAUGGAAAACUGCAUUUCCCAUGAUGCUAUAGAAAAUGACAACAAUCAGACAAUUGGCUUUAUGCACAGCUGCACUACUUCCUGAAAUAAAGCCAGCUCCUUGUUUCC